GGUUCAACUUUUGUUCUGCGAGCAAGCCACCGUUUCAGGGGCUGCUGUUCUCGCUGCUUCGGUCGGAAUACGGAAUCUUCAAGAAACCAUGUACGGAUCAAGAGGGGCAAUGUUGGGAAGCGGGGGGGUUUCGGACGGGUACGAGGUCGGCUCAAAGAGACAAAGAAUGAUGGAAUCCACUCCCUACUUCGCAGUGAGCAGCAGUGCAGGUGGCUAUCAACCAUACAAUUAUGGUGGAGGCUUUCAGCCCCCUCCUUUUCCUGUGGUUCGGCUCAGGGGCCUUCCUUUCAACUGCACUGAUAUCGACAUCUUCAAAUUCUUUGCUGGACUGGACAUUGUGGAUGUGUUUCUGGUCAACAAGAGUGGACGUUUCUCUGGAGAGGCCUUUGUUGUCUUUGCUGGAGCCAUGCAGGUUGAGUUUGCUUUGCAGAGAGAUCGACAAAAUAUGGGCCGCAGGUAUGUGGAAGUUUUCAGGUGCAAGAGGCAGGACUAUUACAAUGCUGUGGCUGCAGAGGUGAAUUAUGAAGGAAUAUAUGAAAACGAUUAUCAUGGAAGUCCACCGCCUUCUAAAGCAAAGAGGCAUGAGAAUGACAAGGAUCAAAUGGAGUACACUGAGAUAUUAAAGAUGCGUGGCCUACCCUUCUCUGUGAAGAAACCUGAUAUAAUUGAAUUCUUUGUAGACUUCAAGCUUGUUGAAGAUAGGAUACAUAUUGCAUGUCGCCCGGAUGGAAAAGCUACAGGAGAGGCCUAUGUGGAGUUUGAAUCUGCUGACGAGGCUAAGAGAGCAAUGUGUAAGGACAAGAUGACAAUUGGGAAAAGAUAUGCGGAGCUCUUUCCUUCAACACCAGAUGAAUUUCGACGAGCUGAGUCAAGAUCAAGGCAGUGAAGAGGCAAUAUUGCAUUGGAUUCAACACUUGCCCCAGGACCAGGUUCCUCUGAGGUGUUUCAGGCAGUUCCACAUGCUAUGUUUUUUCCAAUUUUCUUCAAUUAGGUUGCACGUUAGUAUAUUAAAUUUCAUUACGUUUUGACUGGCUGAAUUUUUGGCCAUUUUAUGGAGAUAAGAACAUUGAGCUUAAUGCCAUGCCGAUACUAAUUCCCAAUUGCUGUCUCAUAAAAACUUUUGCAUCCA